GAGGAAACCAAAGGGGGAUCUUUAACUGUGCUUGCCGCUGGGUCUCUGCACCUCAUACACCCUCACAGCAGCCAUCACUCAUACACAUUAUCACAUGCAUGCGCACAGCAGCAGCAGCAGCAGACACAUGGAGUACUACUGCUUCCUCCUGCUCUGGAUUUGCAGCCAGCAGUUUGGACUCCAUGACUGCUUCAACAUCGACACGAAAACACCCAGGAUCAUCAAAGGCCCCAAACAAGCUCAGUUUGGAUACACUGUUCAGCAACAUGUGGCUGCUGGAGGAGAAAAAUGGUUGCUAGUCGGAGCUCCCUAUGAAAUGAAUGGACCUUACCAGACUGGGGACAUUUACAAAUGUUCACUGAGCAAACGGACCAACGGCAAUGGCUGCUCAAAGCUCAAUUUAGGAAGGAUAUCUUUGACCAACGUGUCGGAGCGAAAGGACAAGAUGAGGCUGGGAAUGACUCUGACGUCGAACCCGAAAGACAACAGCUUCGUGGCUUGUGGGCCCUUGUGGUCCUAUGAAUGUGGUAGCUCUUACUACAGCACUGGGAUUUGCUCCAGAGUGAAUGCAAGCUUUAAGUUCUCCAGAACCAUUGCUCCUGCCUUUCAGAGAUGUGAAACCUACAUGGACAUAGUAAUAGUCCUCGAUGGCUCAAACUCCAUCUAUCCAUGGUAUGAAGUACAAGCUUUUCUUAUCAACAUUCUCCAGAAGUUUCAUGUUGGACCAGGUCAAAUACAGGUCGGUGUCGUCCAAUAUGGCGAAAAAGUCGUCCAUGAAUUCAAACUCAGUGACUACAAAUCAGUGGAGGAGGUGGUGAAAAGGGCACGCAGCAUCAACCAGCGGGGUGGGGAGGAGACCAACACAGCCCUUGGCAUCAACACAGCACGGUCGGAAGCGUUCAAACAGGGAGGACGACGUGGUGCCAAAAAAGUUAUGAUAGUUAUAACUGAUGGAGAGUCACAUGACAGUGCUGAUCUCAAACAAGCCAUUGAGGACAGCGAGAAAGACGACAUCACCCGCUAUGCCAUUGCUGUGCUUGGCUACUACAACCGCAGAGGAAUCAAUCCAGAAGCUUUCCUCAAUGAAAUCAAAUACAUAGCCAGCGACCCGGACGACAAACACUUCUUUAACGUGACCGAUGAGUCGGCGCUAAAGGACAUUGUGGAUGCGCUGGGAGAACGGAUCUUCAGCUUAGAAGGGACCAGCAAGAAUGGGACGGCAUUUGGCCUCCAGAUGUCUCAAGCAGGGUUUUCCGCCCACAACGUGGAGGAUGGGACGGUGGUGGGCGCAGUGGGUGCAUAUGACUGGAAUGGGGCAGUGCUCAAAGAAACCAGACAGGGGAAGGUGGUUCCUCCAAAGUUGUCCUACAGGCAGGAGUUUCCUGAGGAGCUCAAAAACCAUGGGGCAUACUUGGGUUAUACCGUAACAUCUGUGAUGUCAGCCAGGAGUGGCCGUCUGCUCGUAGCAGGAGCUCCACGAUUUAAUCACACCGGCAAAGUGAUUAUCUUCACUUUGAAGAACUCCGGCAACCUCACCAUCCUGCAUUCACUUAAAGGCUAUCAGAUCGGCUCUUACUACGGCAGUGAGAUUGCCCCAAUGGAUAUUGACGGAGACGGCGUGACGGACAACCUUCUGGUGGCAGCUCCAAUGUUUUUCAGCGGAGGCCUGGAGAAAGGAAAGGUCUACAUUUACAGAAUAACAGAGCUGAAUCGAUUCAUCUUUGAAGGAGCACUAGAGAUUCAUAAUGGUGGCCAGAACGCUCGCUUCGGUUCAUCCCUCGCUCCUGUUCCUGAUCUAAAUGGAGACGGCUUCAAUGACUUGGUGGUUGGAGCUCCACUAGAAGACGACCAUAAAGGAGCCAUAUAUGUCUUCUUUUCCCAGAACAACAGAAUACUACGCAAAUAUAAACAGCGGAUAGCAGCGGCAGAUUUGGCUCCAGGUCUGCAGUAUUUUGGCCGCAGCAUUCACGGUGUGAUGGACGUGAGUGAUGAUGGUUUGGUGGACCUCGCUGUAGGAUCCCUUGGUGCUGCAGUUAUUCUUCGGUCACAGGGUGUUGUCCGGAUAUAUACCAGUGUCAGGUUUGAACCCACCAAGAUCAACAUCUUUGUGAAAGACUGUCAGAGAGGCGGCAAAGACGUGACCUGCAUGUCAGCCAUCGUGUGUUUUAACAUCACUGCCAGGACCCCUGUUCCUCUGGAGAGGGAAAUUGGGAUAAAGUACAAUGUCUCCAUCAUGGAGCGCCGUUUCAACCCGCGGGCCUUACUGGACAACCCGAGCAAGAUGCAGCCCCAAAAUCUCACUCUCUCUCCUGGGGUGGACACCUGCAAGCACAUCUACUUCCAUGUGAUGGAAACCACAGACUAUGCCAGACCUGUCGUGUUUGCUGUACAAGUGGGCCUGCAGGAUCCAGAGAACGAACCAGUUCUGGAUGAAAGUUGGCCGACUCUUUUGAGAACGGAGCUUCCUUUCUGGAAUGGCUGUGAUGAGGACGACCACUGCACACCGGACCUGUCGCUGCAGAGUACCACCGACCUGAUGACGCAGAAACAGUUCUGUGCACAGCAUGCAAACUCUCACGGCGUGUUCUGCCGCCGUCAAAGUGAGGACAAGGUGGAGGAACUUCUGAGAGUGCUGGCGGGGAAGAGAAGGAAGAUGGUGGUCGACAUCAAACUGGAGAACAAAGGAGAGAACGCCUAUAACGCUGUCUUCAGAGCCACAUACUCAGCCAAUCUGCUUUUCUCAAGCCUCAUUGUCAAGGAUAACUCUGAUAUCAAAAUUGAGUGUUACACCACGGACAAAACUAGGAAUGAGAAGAUUUGCAACGUCAGCGCCCCGUUCAUGAGAGCAAAAACUCAGGUGUCCUUUCGACUGGAAUUUGAGUUCAGUCACAUCGUCCUCCUGGACCACGUCAGAGUCGUACUGCAGGCCAGCAGUGAUGGGGAGGAAAUAAACAAAGCGGAUAAUUUCAACGUGAUCUAUUAUCCUCUGAAAUAUGAGGGAGAUCUUCUCUUCACAAGGCAUUCAGAUCCAACUCAGUAUGAGAUCAAACCUGAGCUCUCUCUGGAGGAGCCGGGAAUCACUGGUCCUCCCUUCAAUUUCACUUUUCAGAUUCAAAACCUUGGAUACUUUCCAGUGAGAGAUCUGCAGCUUGAAAUUGAGAUUCCUCAAAUGACAAAAAAUGGAAACCAGCUCCUGCAGAUAUCGGAUUUCCACUUUGACCAGAGAGACGGUACAGACUGUUUACUGCCUCAGCAUGUGGCCCACAGCAGGGCGUCACCUGAGGAUCUAUCUCGCUUCUCCCGCUUGAACCGCUCCAACACGCUAACUCUGCCGAUCCACUGCACCAUCAAUGUGGCUUCCAAGAAAGAAAUUGUAGUUCGGAUCUCUGGAGCCCUGAACAUAGAUACUUUACACACACUGAAGUUUAAAGUCCUGGAACUAGUGACCAGUGCUACAAUGGAGCUUCCCUCUUCCAGCCCCAUGUUAUUACACGAAGAGAGACCCAUCAGACAUAUAAUACUGGAGAUCAGGAAGCAGGGGGAUUACAGAAUCCCCAUUUGGAUUAUCAUCGGUAGCACGCUAGGAGGGCUUUUAUUGUUAGCUCUGCUCAGCCUGGCUCUGUGGAAGCUUGGCUUCUUCCGGAGGCAGAAGCGGAGAGACAAGGAGGAGCCAGAGACCAAUGGGAAGGUGGCUGAGGAGCGGUAACGCUGGCACAGAGGAGACUUUGGUUUGUUUUCAGAGGAGACGCCACACUCAGGGACUAACCCACCUCCACCUGGAACCCCCCCAGCAGCUCCGCGUGGUUCCAGCACUGUCCCACUCACUCAGUUCUCGUGCACUGUUAGGAUCUCUGUCGUCCCUCCACAUCUGGCAGUUCUCUUUAAGGACAUUUGUAAGGAAAACAACUGAUCCGAUUCCCCGCGUUUGCUUUUCUUUUGGAACAAAAUCAUAGCCAGCCAUUUAAUUUGUGUAUUUAUUUAACUCUAAAAGAAAUGUUUGAGAUUUAUUAAAAAAUAAGAAAAACAUUAUGUCAGGGUCAACACCCAAAACCUACUAAAAUAUGUAGAUAUAGUGUAUAUUAAAGUUUAUAUUUAAAGGAUUUAUUUGCAACAUAGCCUGUUAACUUUUGACCAUAAACUUUAAGAAAUAGACACACAAAAAAUAGCAAUAAAAUCUAGAGAACGAAUUGUACAACUUUUACUUUCCAGUCUUUUAAACAUCUGAUGCACUUUUGAUAUUAUGUAUAAUAACUUGAAUUUGUAAAUAUUGAAGAAGUGCCUUGCUGAUUGUUCUUCAGUUUGAUGUUUUUUUUAUUCUUCAUAUUCUCAAGGUGGUUAAGAACUGUUUUAACUUAAACAACUUUCUUUCAGAAAACCAAUAUGCGACUGUUGCAUGCCGUUUACAUGCACUGUAUCAGAGCAAAGGGUGUGCCGUGUGUGUUAUUUACUGUCUUUUUAAUGGGUUGGAGAUUAAUGAAUAUGAUGGUUAUACUGAUGGAUAUGAAGACUGGUGCAAACGUGUCAUAUGUAAGAGCAGAAUCUGAUCCUAGUUUAUUGUGUUGACAUGUGAAGAGCUUUGACAUGUAUGCAAAUAAAAAUCUGUGCUUGUGCGUCA